AUGCAUGUCCCGAGUGGUGGCGCCGACGAGGCCGUCACGUUCUCCGUCCUCGCGGACGUGGAGCCUGGUGCUUCGGUCCGCGCCGUGGGGUCCAUCGACGCGCUGGGGCACUGGCAGCCGGAGAGGGGCGCCGAGCUGCAGAGAGAUCGGGCUUCGGCGCCCCCCCGCUGGUCGGCCACCCUGAGGAUUCCUGGGGGACUGGACGCCUGGAACGAUGUCGAGUACAAGUUUGUCAAGGUGCUCCAGAACAGGGGCGCGGUCUGGGAGGAGUGCGAGAACCGGCGGAUACGGACAGCGCAGCUGGGCAACGGCAGCGCCGCGGUGCCCAGGUUCUCCGAGCGCCUGCCCCACGCCCUCGGGGCGCGCCUCGCGCGGGCGGCCGCCGCCGCCUCGCCGAGCGCCGCGGCGGCGCCGAGCGCCGCGCCGAGUGCCGCGCCGAGCGCCGUGCCCAGUCUGGCGGCCUCCGAUGUCGAGGACGAGGUCCAGUGGGAGGCCACCUGCACGGUGACCAGGCCGGCGACAGGCUGGGAGGGCUGGUCGGGUCGCGCCGGCCUGGGCGACUGGAGCCCGGCCAGAGGUCUCGAGUUCACGACCUCGGCUACACUUUUCCCACGCUGGAUCGCCAAGGCGCGGCUGCGCCCUGGCACCCCCCUGGAGUGGAAGCUCGUCAUAUGCCGCGCGGGCGAGGAGGAGUGGGAGCAGGGCUCCAACCGGCGCACCGUUCUUGCGCCUGGCCAGGAGUCCAGAGUGUGGUUUGUGUCCGUGCACUUCGGCGGCGCCUGCCGCGAGCCGGAGCUCAGAACCCCGCCGAGGAGGUCGGUUAGCAACCCGUCGGAGCCGUCGGCGCCGUCGAUCAUCUCGGGGUUGAGGCGCCACAG